AUGAUCCCAUUAAAAGAUCAACCAAAAAGCUAUUAGAAGAUUUAGAAUAUAUUUACUUAUUUUUUUCUCUCAUCUCAACAAAUUUCGAUUACAAUUUGGGAAAACAACCUCUCUAUUGUCAAAUACUCAGGUUUCUUCUUUUUUAGUUUUAAACAAAUUUAUUUCAAUGAUUAAAAUAAGCAAAAAGAGAUACACACCUUAUUUUAAAUAGUAAGUAGAACUACAUAAAAGAUAAUACCUAUGCCAUCGGAAGUAAAAGAAGAAAAAAGUAUUGAGAAGGACAAAAGUGUGGUAAGAAACAUAUGUAAUUUAAAAGGAAAUUAUUAAAAGAGCAGCAGAACUAGUGAUAAAUAUAUUCACAAAAUCAAAGUAAUUUAUUCUAAAUAUUUAAAAAUCAAGCAAAGAAAUCUGUAAAUAGGCAAAUAACCGCAAUUAAAAUCUAUUUUUUUUUUUCUAUAUCAAACUUAAUAAAUUAAAAUUCAAUAUUUAAAAAAAUAAAGUUAUGGAUUGGAUUAACUAUUAGAAAGAACAGCUAUUUGAAGUUUUCGCUAAAGUUGAAGAUGUUGAUGAAUAAAUAUUCGGUCAUACGAUUGAAAUACUUAGAAUAAAAAGCAUAUCGAACAGUCUAGGAUAUCUUUCAAUUAAUGAGAAUCAAAGGUAUUUUCAAUGA